AUGAGAGGCAUUGAAGAAACAAGGCAUAGAUGGCACGCCUUGUUUCGCGACAAUGAGACCACCCCCGCCGACCUGAGAACCGCCCUCAAAUCAGAACAAGGAGAGAAUCUGUGUAACGAUGGACUGAGAUCGAUAUGCUGGAAGGCAUUUUUGCUCUUUGACGACCUCGAUCGGACGCAAUGGCCUCGAAAGAUAACCGAUUCGCGAAGCGCUUAUUCCGCCCUCAGAGAACAUUUCCUCAAGUAUAUUGAGCAUCCUGAUGACCUGGAGUCGACGGUCGACCCGCUGGCGGAUGAUGAGGAGUCUCCAUGGCAAACUUUACGACGUGAUGAACAGAUGAGAGCGGAUAUAUUCCAAGAUGUCGAGAGGUGUUUACAGGAGAACUUCUUCUUCCAAGAGCCGGAGACCAAACAGAAGAUGACCGAUAUAUUGUUUAUUUACUCUAAACUCAACCCUGAUCUUGGCUACCGACAAGGCAUGCAUGAGCUGUUAGCACCUAUUCUCUGGGUUGUGGACAGAGAUGCAGCUGACACGGGUCCGCUCGGAGAGGGAGAUUCGACGGACGAGGACGACAACGACAACGACAUGCUGCAGCUGCUUGAUGCCGCAUAUGUUGAACACGACAGUUUUUCAUUGUUCUGUUCUGUUAUGCAAACUGUUCGCGUCUACUAUGAACACAGUGAGCAGCGGUCUGCGAGUGGUCAGAUGGAUGUUAUCCCAAUUGUUGCUCGGUGCCAGUAUGUCCACGACGAACUGUUGACGACUGCAGAUUCGGAAUUGGCAGAUCAUUUGCAGACGCAGGAUAUUCUUCCACAGAUUUUCCUAACUCGUUGGAUGCGCCUGCUCUUCGGUCGGGAAUUCACAUUUGAGGAAAAUCUCGCUGUUUGGGAUACUCUCUUCGCUGAAGGAUUACGAACCGAACUCAUUGACUUCGUAUGCGUUGCUAUGCUGCUACGAAUUCGAUGGCAAUUAUUGGAGGCAGACUGCUCGAGUGCUUUGAUGCUUUUAUUGCGCUACCCUUCUCCUGUCCCUCAUCCACCACAUGAAUUUGUGUACGAUGGGGUAUACUUAGAGCAGAACCCCACGGCAGACAGAGGACGAUUUAUUAUUUCCAAAUACUCUGGAAAACCGCCCGGAUCCUUGAGAUCGCCCAGCCAAUCGACUGCGAGACUUGCACCGAUCAGAAAAUCCCGCUUCCGUAGGGACUUUCGAGGCGUGAGCGAGGGUAACUCCCCUGCUCAGUCACCUGGGAGAAACAGCCCCAAGGGUUUGGAAACAAUCUUUCAAGAUGUGUCGGAUGGUAUCCAGCGACGGACGGAAACAUGGGGUGUUGCCAAGGCUGUUCGAGGCGCAAUGAGCGAAGCCAGAAGGAAUAUACAGUCCAUCCAGACGGAGGCAAAUUUUCCAUCGCUGAGUCCACGAGAAGCAGCAUGGCAAGAAUCGACUGCCGUUACCAAUUUAAAGAGCCGACUCGACCGGUUGGAAGACAGAAACAGGGCUCUCGCACAGACUCUGAGCCAAUCAUUGAAUGAUCUACGCUCGCAACUGGAAAAAUCAGAAAGCCUCGACAAGGAUGCAACAAAAGCCAUGCAACAAAGCCUGACGAGAAUCCAGUCUGUUCAGACAUGCCUCGAAGACCCGUCGACUCCUUUGAAAUCUACAGACCAAUCUUCGAAUGCUGGUGAUGAUACGGAUGAAAGAAAAUCGCCUGAGAAACCUAUGCCUACAAGAGUGAAACCUGGGGAGUCAAUAAAAGGUGAUAGACCGUCGCAAACAGCUACUGGAAGUGCUAAUGUACCUGCAUCCCGGUCGCCAGUCGCCAGCGAGGCCAAGAGACGUAGUACGAGCGCCGAAGCCUCUACUUCGAAAACGUCACUUCCGUCGACACGCUCAUCGCCCCGUCCACCACCACGUUCUUUACUGGCAGAGUCUGAAUUCUCGUGGAUGCUCGGGGGCGGUCGACAAAUCUCGAGCUUUGUCAGUUCUGCAUCAGUGCCGCCAGAGCAGACUCGACAUCGACAGAAUAGUAAUCUGUUUGGCAGUGGAGAUGAUGACCAAAGAAAAGGCGAGUUUGAGCCUGAUGGAUUGUCCAUGAAAAUGAAAAGUCUUCGGGGUUCCAAGAAACGAGAAAGCUGACAGGCUAUCUAACAGUGUAGUGGCCGCCUAAAUAUUUAGAUAGGGGGAGAGAGAUAUUGAAGCCUGGAGAAUUGGAGACGUAUUCUUGGACCACGCUUGUUUCACUCUGCGCCAUUUUGCUUUAGUCAAACAUGGAUCAGACUGUCUUGGUUGCUUUCGGGGUGGGUUGUCUGCUUCCUUCAACUGUCUGCUGUGCAAUUCGUAGAGAAGACCGGGUAGACCCAGUUUUUGUAAGCUGGAUGGGUGUUUAAAAUCCAGGA